AUGAAAGGUUUAGACCGAGCGCAGGAAGCACACUCGACUAUCCACCAUUGAAAAGACACGGAGAUGGAGGUGCGGAAGUGGAGUCAGCUGGAUGCCAAGCACCAUAUAGUCGAGCUGGCUGGACCAUCGGGCAGGAGGCUUGAACGCAAGCUGUCCAUCAACACUGCUGGAGAUAUGGUUUUAAUCUGGUGGCGCUGUACAAGAGAUGAAGUUUAUCCUUGGAGUCCUGUGGUGAAAGAUCAGGAUAGAGCCAAUGUACAUGUAUAUAGCUUGAGAGGGGCAAAGGCGGAGCUGCUGUGCUAUUAUAGAACAGAAUUCGACCCAGUGUGUGUCGUGUUCAGUCAAGUUCAGCCGAAUGUCAUCAAUUCUGUCGAACAGAAAAUUUCUAGAAAGGGCGAGGUGACAGUGGAACGGUGCACGUACGAAAUCAGCAAGAACAGACUGCAGAGGAGCUCGGUGACGUCGAUUGCACUGCAGACGCACGUGUGCUGCGUGGCGUUCAGUCCUGAUGACUGCAAGCUGCUGCUUGGUUGCAUUGACGGAUCGCUGGUGCUCUUCGAUGAUGGCCAGGGCAGCACUCACCUCGUCAAGGCUGCUUUUAUACCAACAUUGGUUUGUUGGCACCCCGAUGGAGCGCUGUUACUAGUGGCCAAUGAGCGCUGUCAAAUACAAUGCUUCGACUGCGCUCUUGCCUGUGUCAAGAUUCAACUACUUGGCGAAGAUCUCAUGCCUUCAGUUCUACUCGACCUCAGCGUUUAUUUCAGGCAUCAACCAACUCUUUUACAUGUUGGAUGGAAUAAAAAGUCUGACGCACUUAUUUGUUCAAGUACUGUCGCCAUUCAAGAUGGAUACCUCUUACUGCUAUUUGAACGUGGUCCGUUGGCGGUUGUGAAGUUGAUUGGAGGGGGAGGCAUGUUGAACGACGUGCAUAACCAAGGUCUGACAUCAGACGCUCUGAUAGCUCAAUACCUGAAUGUGGGCCAGGCUGAUCGCGCAGUCAACCUGUUGCUCAGUCUCAACUGGGAUCAGGCUGGCUACGCGUGUCUCGCAUCGUUGCAUCGAAUUGUCAAUCAUCUGCUGCGUUUGCCAUUAACACCUGAUAGAGAACUUCAGUUGGAAACAGCUCUGGGAAGUUUUCAUGUGCCUGCUCGCCCCUUAAGUCAUUCCACUGAAGAAGAAUUUGCAGAUCCUGUAAGGGACCUGACCAGGAGAUUUUUUCACCACUUGCUCAGGUACAGGAUAUUCGAUAAGGCGUUUCGGUUGGCGAUCGAUCUGAACGAGCACGAUCUGUUCAUGGAUGUGCAUCACUACGCAAGGCUAACAGGCGACACAGCCAUGGCCGAUGCGGCUCUCCAAAAAGCCGACCAAGUCUCCGAUUGCAGCUCGCAGUCAGACUCAUCGGACUGUGACUGUGAUCGGUCGAGUUGUAGCUGCAGUACAGAAUCAAGCGGUUCUGUUGGCAGAAGUGGAGUGGGUGGUGGAGGGGGAAGCAUGACGUCAUCCGUGCCACCCCCCUUGCCCGUUGUGCACAGAUCUCUGCAGCCGCAGUUGUUGAAUGGCAACCCCAGGCAGAAGGUCAAAUUCUCUGACACUGUCACUCACAUCACUGUUCAGGAAGAGUUAUCGGGCUUAUCAGAGGAAGAGGAGAGGAGGAUCAAUACUGUAGGCCUCCCUCCUGUGUAUGGAUGUCCGGCAUUACUCCCACCGUACAUGCCCUCUUUUUCUCGCACUGCACCACAAGAAUCUACGUUUCACUAUCAGCUGUUCAAUACUAACACGUCAGCUCCGAUAUCAACCCCAAACACAGCCAAAGACUAUCUCAGCUCAGCGACAACUGCUCUCACAAGGUUAUGUAAAGGAAGCUGUUUACGUCCCGCCUCUACCAACUACUCUGGACGAUCUGCGGAACAAUAUCACUGCUGCCAUGCACUCAAUAACACCAGAUAUGAUUUCUUGCGUGUGGGACUAGUUUUUCGUGCAGUAGCCGGAGGCCACAUUGAACACUUGUAAGGUGACAGGGAUGAAGAGGAGAGUGACACUAUCAAGGUUGUUCAUUUUGGUAUUGUCUGACAACAUUGUCAUCAGCUCAAGUGCAUAAGUAGAGUAAAAUAAAGUAACUGAUGUAUAUUUGCAAACAAAUUUACGUGCUGCAAACACAAGAAAUUCACUUUUCAUCGGAUGAUUAUAUCUCUAUUUGUACAGAAACAGAUAUUUAUAAAGCUGAUUUUCGUUUGUGCGUAAAUGCCGUCGUCGACCACAACAGGGAGAGAAUCUCAGAUUGGGUGGAUUUCAAUUUGUCUACAUAACCUAAAAGAUUAUGUUCAAUUAUGUUUUAAUGGGGCAGGUUGAGCUUAUACUUUUAAAUGGCAAUAUGUUGAUAUUAUUAGAAAUGUUUUAUUUCUUGAUAAUAAAGACAAAUUAAUGAUGAAAGAUUAUUUGAUCAGCUGUUUUAGCACACUUGAAAUUUGGACAAUAUGAAUGUCAACAAUGCUUGUCGUCGUCGACUGCAGAAAUUUACGCACAAACGAAAAUGCACCUUUAGAUACAAAACAUAUAGAAAUUUUGGCAUCAGCUGAUUAAAAGUUAAUUGCUCGAGUUCGCGGCACGUAAGUCUGUACGCCCCUUGAAGCUAGGGUCUCCUUUGUGCGUAAAUGCCGUCGUCGACCACGUCAGGGUGAGGAUCUCAGAUUGGGUGGAUUUCAAUUUGUCUAAAUAAUCUAAAAGAUUAUGUUCAAUUAUGUUUUAAUGGGAGAGGUUGAGAUAAUACUUUUUUAUGAAAUAAUACUUUUUAUAUUUUUAAAUGGCAAUAUGUUGAUAUUAUUAGAAAUGUUUGAUUCUUGAAAAAUAAACACAAAUAAUGAAAGGUUAUCAGAUCAGCUGUUUUAGCAUACUUGAAAUUUGGACAAUAUGAAUGUCAACAAUGCUUGUCGUCGUCGACUGCUGAAAUUUAUGCAGAAACGAAAAUACACAUGUAGAUAACAUAAGAGUUAUCGAUCAUCAAAUGAUCAUGACUAUGAAUUAUAGGUAUCGAAGAAGCAUUUGCAUUCAAAAUGAAUUAGAAAAUAACUUGUAUUUUCAAAAUAAUAUUUUGUCUACUAUGUAGACACUCUAUUUUAAUACUUAACAUUUGUGCUGUAUUAUAUUAAGAGUAAUAUAAUUGCAGUUUAAAAAUUAACUUUAUAUUUAAUACUAGAAUUCAAAUAUUAAUAUUAGGAUGUGAAUUAUUCAAUUUGUAUAGUGCACAGUAAUAAAGUUUGAAAUAUAUUGUCAA